CACCUCUAACCCAGGCUCAGAGUAGCUGCUGUUUCUGAGAGAACGAUUCGUAGGACAGCCCCUGACGCGAUUCCCUUUUGCCCUUCUUUCUGCGGGCCUUUCCGGUACUUGAGCGGUGUCCAGAGCGUGGCCAGUUCUCGUCUAUCUGGCUGCCUUUAGGGAGCGGUGCCUAGCGUUGGCCAAUAGUUGGCUGUCGAAAGUGCCGGCCCCCGCGCCGGCGCCUGCAGCAGCCGGGUGGGAAGGCUCAAGAUGGCGUGCCUGUUGGAGACCCCAAUCCGCAUGAGCGUCCUUUCGGAAGUAACAGCUAGCAGUCGCCACUAUGUUGACAGGCUAUUUGACCCUGAUCCCCAGAAAGUUCUACAAGGUGUCAUAGACAUGAAAAAUGCUGUAAUUGGAAACAACAAGCAGAAAGCCAAUCUCAUUGUUUUAGGAGCUGUUCCAAGAUUGUUGUACUUGCUUCAGCAAGAAACCUCAAGCACAGAGCUGAAAACUGAAUGUGCAGUGGUGUUGGGAAGUCUUGCUAUGGGUACUGAAAACAAUGUCAAGUCUCUACUGGACUGCCAUAUUAUCCCUGCCUUAUUGCAAGGACUACUGUCCCCAGACCUGAAGUUUAUUGAAGCUUGCCUCCGAUGCCUGCGUACCAUCUUCACCAGUCCUGUCACUCCAGAGGAGCUACUGUAUACAGAUGCCACAGUGAUACCACACCUCAUGGCACUGCUUAGCAGGUCCCGCUAUACCCAGGAGUACAUCUGUCAGAUCUUCUCACACUGCUGUAAAGGGCCAGAUCAUCAAACAAUUUUAUUUAACCACGGUGCAGUUCAGAAUAUUGCUCACCUACUAACCUCACUGUCCUACAAAGUUCGAAUGCAAGCACUGAAAUGUUUCUCAGUUUUAGCUUUUGAAAACCCCCAGGUAUCGAUGACCCUGGUAAAUGUUUUGGUUGAUGGAGAAUUGUUACCACAGAUUUUUGUGAAGAUGUUACAGAGGGAUAAGCCUAUUGAGAUGCAGCUCACAUCAGCAAAAUGUUUAACUUACAUGUGUAGAGCUGGAGCAAUUCGGACAGAUGAUAACUGUAUUGUAUUAAAGACAUUACCUUGUUUGGUUCGAAUGUGCAGUAAGGAGAGAUUACUAGAGGAGAGAGUUGAAGGAGCUGAGACACUUGCCUAUCUGAUUGAACCAGAUGUUGAGCUACAGAGAAUCGCUAGCAUAACUGAUCACCUCAUUGCCAUGCUUGCUGAUUAUUUCAAGUAUCCCAGCUCAGUGAGUGCCAUCACUGAUAUUAAAAGGCUUGAUCAUGAUUUAAAACAUGCUCACGAACUCCGCCAGGCUGCAUUCAAGCUCUAUGCCUCUCUUGGAGCAAAUGAUGAAGACAUCCGGAAGAAGAUCAUUGAGACUGAAAAUAUGAUGGACCGAAUUGUGACUGGCUUGUCUGAGUCUAGUGUCAAGGUGCGGUUAGCUGCCGUCAGAUGUUUGCACAGUUUAUCCAGAUCUGUGCAGCAGCUUCGAACCAGUUUCCAGGAUCAUGCUGUUUGGAAACCUUUAAUGAAGGUUUUACAAAAUGCACCAGAUGAAAUCCUAGUGGUAGCAUCUUCCAUGCUGUGUAAUCUUCUUCUUGAAUUUUCUCCAAGCAAAGAGCCAAUUUUGGAAUCAGGAGCCGUAGAGCUACUUUGUGGAUUAACUCAGAGUGAAAAUCCUGCUUUACGAGUGAAUGGAAUUUGGGCUUUAAUGAAUAUGGCAUUUCAGGCUGAACAAAAAAUAAAAGCAGAUAUUUUACGAAGCUUGAGUACUGAACAGCUAUUCCGGUUAUUAUCAGAUUCAGAUUUGAAUGUGCUGAUGAAGACAUUGGGACUUCUUAGAAAUCUCCUCUCCACUCGUCCUCAUAUAGAUAAAAUAAUGAGUACUCAUGGAAAGCAAAUUAUGCAAGCCGUCACUCUUAUUCUAGAAGGGGAACAUAACAUUGAGGUCAAAGAGCAGACACUGUGCAUCUUAGCCAACAUAGCGGAUGGGACAACAGCAAAAGAUCUUAUUAUGACCAAUGAUGAUAUCCUACAGAAAAUCAAGUAUUACAUGGGAGCCCAAACUGGACAUCUCCUUAAAAGUGUUGGCAGUUAGAAGAAGAAAGAAUCACUAGCCAUAGAAUUCUACUGGAGGAAGCCACAUCCAUUUCUUUGUCUCUGCUUAGUUGAAAUAUAGUCCUACAUGAGAAGAUAAGUCUGUCUUAGCCUUGAAAAAACCAUUGAGCAUAUUUUGCCAUUGAUACUCCCUCAAAUGUGCAUAAAUUAUUUAAACAUACUAGAAAUUUUUUUUAUUGACCAAUAGGACAAUCAUCUAUAAAGUUUAUUUUAUUAUUGAGUCCUUUUUCAUUCAGGCGAAAACACCCUAUCCAAAGCAACCAGAAAUGGUUGUACUUUCAGUACAUAAAGCAAAAUAAAUAAGAAUUGUAUUUAGAAGAAUAGGAGGCUCAUCAGUGAUAGUAAAGACAUUUGAGAAAUCAACUAGCGAUUUCAUCAAGUUUUGGGGGAUAUUCCUUUAGAAAUAGGAGUAAUUUAAUUAUUCCAGAAGCUGAAUGUAUUAUAUAAUGCUUCUUGUUUUCAGCAAGUUGUGUCAGAGGAGUAAACCAUUUAUAGAUUGUGUGUGUGUGAAAGUCUAGGUGUUACAGAACUUCCUGACCAUAUAUUCACUUUCUUCCCCAAAGGAAUUAUUGGGCCAUUUGAAUAAGAUAACCAGUAGCUUAAGAGAUAAAUACCAAAUGCACAUCCACCCCGUGUAUGUUGGCUGUUGGUGACCUGGAAACAUAGCCUAAGUCGAAAGCAUAGAAUUGUCAUAUGACAGUGUUUCCUCAUGCAUGGAUUGAAUCAUAAAUUGCAAACUGUACCCAUAGCCCUAGAGGUGUUUUGUUUGUCCAGCCAGAUGGUUUUUUAAAUUUGAAUUUGAAUGUCUUUUGGCAAGGCUUGUACUCCUCAAUUUGCCAGAUUCUCCACUGUCCCUUGUUAAAAUCUUUAGCCCAACCCUUUUACUCAUUAGUGUUAACUUCAUGGCCCCUCAAGACAUUUGAGUUUGAGGACUCUUCUUCAGACUUUUUUUUUCUUUUUUUUGAGACGGAGUCUCGCUCUGUCACCCAGGCUGAGUGCAAUGGCGCGAUCUCGGCUCACUGCAACCUCUGCCUCCCAGGUUGAAGCGAUUCUCCUGCCUCAGCCUCCCUAGUAGCUGAGAUUACAGACGCCCGCCACUACACCCGGCAAAUUUUUGUAUUUUUAGUAGAGACGGGGUUUCACUGUGUUAAUCAUCCUAGUCUCGAACACCUGACCUCGAACUUCCACCUGCCUUGGUCUCCCAAAGUGCUGGGAUUACAGGCAUGAGCCACCUCACCUGGCCCUACUUCAGACUUUUAGGUUAUAGGAAUUGCCUAUGGUAGGUCCCCCCAAAAAAAGAUCUAAAAUGAGAUUACCACCAUUUUGAUUUUUUUUUC